CUUCCAACGAAUUUCCGAUAUUUUUGAAUCCCUGCUGUCUGAAUGAGUUGAUAAAUGUUUUAAACCAGAGAGAGAGAAGAGAGAGGGAGAGAGAGAAACUCCCCAUCUUCCUCACUUGCAACUGGUAAUGGGCAGGAAUCCAACAUUCUUGGAGCUCGAAACUCUGUGUUAGCAAACCCUAUUCUGCAAUAUGAGUGCUUCUGUCGCCUUACAACAUGCCAUACAUUCUUCCUUCUUCCAAAACAAGAAGCUUUGGUGCUCAAAAAACGGAUGUUUCCCAACUAAGAGGCAGUCAGUUCCUGAAAGGAACAGAGUGGGGAUUGUAAGAGCUUCAACUGAGCUUCCCCCAUUUAGAAUAUUUGAACCACCUAAAGUAGAGACCUCAGUUUCUGAGUUGGAACCAGCUGAUCCUGACUUCUAUAAAAUUGGUUAUGUCCGCCAUGUUCGUGCAUAUGGUGUUGAAUUUAAGGAGGGCCCAGAUGGGUUUGGAGUUUUUGCCUCUAGAGAUGUUGAACCUACACGUAGAGCCAGGGUAAUUAUGGAAAUUCCACUAGAGCUGAUGUUAACUAUUAGUCAGAAGAUUCCAUGGAUGUUCUUUCCAGAUAUUGUGCCGAUAGGUCAUCCUAUAUUUGAUAUUAUUAACUCAGCAAAUCAUGAGACAGAUUGGGACCUCAGAUUAGCUUGCCUUCUUUUGUUUGCAUUUGAUUGUGAAGAUAAUUUUUGGCAAUUAUAUGGUGAUUUCUUGCCUAGUGAUAAUGAGUGCACAAGCUUGCUUCUUGCAGAAGAGGAUGAGCUUUCAGAACUUCAAGAUCAAAGUCUGGCUGUAACCAUGAAAGAGCAACAGCAGCGAAUAUUGGAGUUUUGGGAGAAAAAUUGGCACUCAGGUGUUCCACUGAAAAUAAAGCGUUUAGCUGAUGAUUUUGAAAGAUUCCUUUGGGCUGUGGGUAUUGCACAAUCUCGUUGUAUCAACUUACGGAUGAGGAUUGGUGCACUUGUCCAAGAUGCCAAUAUGCUUAUUCCCUAUGCUGAUAUGUUAAACCAUUCUUUUCAACCCAACUGCCUUCUCCAUUGGCGUUUCAAGGACCGCAUGCUGGAGGUUAUGAUAAAUGCAGGACAACAUAUCAGAAAAGGUGACGAGAUGACAAUCAAUUACAUGCAUGGAAAGAAGAAUAACAUGUUCAUGCAAAGAUAUGGGUUUUCUUCCCCAACAAACCCUUGGGAUAGUAUUCAGUUUUCUGGUAACUCGAAGAUUCAUUUGGAUUCCUUCUUAUCAGCGUUCAAUAUUGCCGGCCUGCCCGAUGAAUUCUAUCAUAAUAGUGAGGACACUUGA